AUGGAGUGGGAAGGAGAAGGAAGGCGAGGUUUGGGCGAUAGUGAAGACGACAUACUUUCUGACGACCUUUCUUUAGUGGAUUCAGACGACGAAAGCCAGCCACCAGGGCAACAAAGGAAGAUAUUCACAAAUAGCAGGGAAAGGUGGCGGCAACAGAACGUUAGUGGUGCCUUUGGAGAGCUGAGGAAAUUGGUACCAACACAUCCGCCUGACAAGAAGCUCUCUAAGAACGAGAUUCUUCGGAUGGCCAUUAGGUAA